CCCCGGCCGCCCCGCCCCGCGCGAGGCGCCGGGAGAGCCCCGGGCCCCGACCCCUCCCCCUGAACGCCCGGCCCUAGAGCGGGACGGGGGCGGCGAUGGUGACUGGGCAGCGGCGCGGGGCUGGGUCCUGGGCAGGGAGGCUCGGCGGCCCCUUUCUUUCUCUGCCCCCGCCCCUCUCCCUCCUCCCUCCUUGCUAGCCCUGCCGGCGGCCGCCGAGGUCGGCGCUGUCGUCUCGUCUCCUCCCCCACCCGGGGACCCUCUCCUCUCCCCUCCCUCGCCCCCUCCCCUCGCCGCCUCCUCCUCCUUCCCCGAGCUGCGAGCUGCGAGGAGGCGUAGCGGAAAGCCCCGGCGGGGGGAAGGCUGCGAGCUCGGAGCCGGAGACGCGGAGCCGGGGCCGGGCUCCCAGAGGGUAGUGAACCCAUCCCAUGUUCAGUCAUGUGACUCUCGGCGUGGCAUUGUUGUUCUGUGAGAAGGAUACUGUAGGGGAGGAAACCGAGGCAAGUCAACUGGGAAGCCAACUCUUGAAUUCACAGCUGGCUUGUGGUUUUUGCCUCUUGUUAAAGAGCACGCAUACAGGACAUUGCAGAUCCUUUAAAGAAGACAUUUCCAGAAUGAGAGUCAGCCUGUGCUGAUGUUGUAACAGCCACGUCCCCUCCGUGAACUUCACCUGUGUGAAGGUGAUGCUACACAAGGAUCUUUGGGUCUUUCCACAGGUGGCAUUUUUCUGAAGUUGUUCAUUGACACUUCCCAGCAUUCCUGCAGAUAAAAUAGGUGAGGCCGCGCUGCGAGCUCGGACAUGGCAGCAUGACGGCCCGGCGCCGCGCUGCCAGACGCCGGCCAGAGGGAGCCCCAGGCUGUGGGAGCGAGCGCCCGGAGCAGCGACUGCUUCCGGAGGCCGCCUGAGCCUCCCUCCCCACCCGCUGGCUGUUCUUCCUCACCCCGUGGACUCCUGACUUCUCCGCCUGGAACAUCAAUAUGUGUCAUGUUAUUGUCACCUGUCGCUCGAUGCUCUGGACCCUCCUGAGUAUUGUGGUGGCGUUUGCAGAGCUCAUUGCCUUCAUGAGCGCCGACUGGCUCAUCGGCACAGCCAAGGGUCGCCGCGGCGCCGAGCCCGACGACCGGAGCGGAGGCUCGUCGGAGCCCUACCACCCGACCUUGGGCAUCUACGCCCGCUGCAUCCGCAACCCCGGCGUGCAGCACGUGCCGCGGGAGACGCUGUGCGGGCCCUACGCCGAGAACUUCGGCGAGAUUGCCAGCGGCUUCUGGCAGGCCACCGCGAUCUUCCUCGCCGUGGGCAUCUUCAUCCUCUGCACCGUGGCCUUGGUGUCCGUCUUCACCAUGUGUGUGCAGAGCAUCAUGAAGAAAAGCCUUUUCAACGUCUGCGGGUUGCUGCAAGGGAUCGCAGGCUUGUUCCUGAUCCUGGGUCUGAUACUCUACCCUGCCGGCUGGGGCUGUCAGAAGGCCGUAGGCUACUGCGGUCACUACGCGUCGGCCUACAGGCCUGGAGACUGCUCCUUGGGCUGGGCCUUCUAUACCGCCAUCGGGGGCACGGUCCUCACCUUCAUCUGUGCUGUCUUCUCCGCACAAGCAGAAAUUGCAACCUCCAGUGACAAAGUACAGGAAGAAAUCGAAGAGGGGAAAAACCUUAUCUGCCUCCUUUAGUUUGGAAGAGACGUAAAUGCCCUUUUUCUUCCUGUGUCACCUUGUGAAAGAGUACCCCUCUGGUUCCCUCCUCUGAGUCAAGUGAAGAACUAGCCUUUACCUACCACAGCCUCCAUUGCACGGCCCCAGGCCUUAACAGGACCAGUGCAAGGAAACAUCCAGCUGCGUGCGCUCCAGGGCCACAGUUCCAGCUGUCAGAGAUGGAACAGGAACCCGGACCCGGAGCUGACGAGUCUGACUCCAUCUCCUCCGAAGCUCAUGAAGGAUGAUAAUCUAAAUCAUUAAGGCAGCAGUUCCUCUGGUAACAGGAGAUGUGAGCUGGAUUUGCAGGCUGUGUGGAGAUGGAUUUCUGCCACAAGGCUGCAUGCCUGUAAGCAUCACUGCCUCAGAAUGGGGUUUUGGGGUUGGUGUUUUUGUCUCCUCCUAGUUCUUCCAAGUCGUCUCAGAGACUAAAAUGAAGACUGCAUACUUACUGGGGAUAGCUUAUGUGUUCAAGGGCAUAAUAAGGCACUGCCUCAUAUGACCAAAGGGGUCAGCAGGUCGGUGUGGAAUCCCAUUGUGGAACUAAUUCUAGGCUGAAUUCCAGGGUAAGGUUGGAUCACUUAACUGUCCAAGAUUUUAGAAAUCUGAGUAAGGAAAGAAUAAGGGCCUAUAUGAUCACGGGAAGAAAAGUAGAAAACCGUGCUAGGGAAGACAAAUUCAUUCCACUGCCCAGCAGUCAGGCUACCGCCAGUAUUGGCCCAGUCUCCUCUUCUAAAGGAGAUCCCGUAUUUUUCUCCUAGGGUUAGGAUGGAGCUUUGACUGCCAAAGGAAACCUCACCCUAUUUCCUCAUUCCAGGAACAGAGGUCUCCAAGCCAACUGUGGCUCAUUCAGAUAUUCACUGAGAGAACUUGCCAGAAUCUCAGCACUUGCGGGGAGACCUUUUCCCACUGUUUGGUAGUCAGCUAUAUUUCCAACCCCAGCAGCAAUGGAAUGACCUUUGCAGGAAAAAGAGGAGCUAGUCAUGGGAGUUCAGUUUCUCCAGUUACUAGUGUUGUUUCUGAAAGCAGACUGAAAGAACAUUAAAAUUACUUCAGUGGGUGAGUUGCAUCAAGCCUUCACACCCAGAGAAGCAAAGAGUGGAAAUUUAAUGCAAAAAUGAGAGCUAGACCAAGCUCAUAGCACCUGCCUAUGCCUGUUUACAGAAAGAAUGGAACACCACUAUUAAAAAGGAUUCAGGAGCUUAUAAUCUAGUUUCUAUAAAUUGCCAAGAAAAUUGAUGCAGAAAAAUGGUAUUCACCACCACCUCAAAUUUACUUUGGAAUGAUCUCAGUGGCAAGAACCUAGCUGGGUAUUACCGAAGCUUCAGAACUUCAGAAUGAUACAGAAACACUCGUGCACAGUUUAGCAAGUUUGGAGUGGACCUACGAGAUUUCUGGAAGAAUUAAAAGUACAGGUCUAUUUGGGCUUAUGAAUCUGUUCCCCUAAGAGCUUGCUUUGUUUUGAAAGCUUAGCAAAUAAUGACUUUGCACCUUCUUUGGGUAAGGUAUUGUAUGCUAAGUGCCACCAGGCAUAGAAACCUGAUUCAGAUUUUACAACACCGCCUGAAGUGAAUCAUCUCCAGGCUGAGUCUAAAACCAUGUCUUGGUGCAAAACAAACAGUUGCUUUAUAUGUAGAUGGACUGGAGCAACUAAACCUUUAUUCUCUUCUGGCCUUCGGCCUAUACCACAAAUCAUCUUAUCACCCAGAUUAAGAGCUAAGGGCAAGAGGGGUGGUGGUACAGAACCAGGCCUUAAGCAGUUCACCUUUCUUAGACCAAAGUUCAGAGUAAGCAAGAUUUUUUUUUUUUUUCCUAAAGAUUUUAUUCAUUUAUUCAUGAGAGACAGAGAGAGAGGCAGAGGGAGAAGCAGGCUCCCAAGGAGCAGGGAGCCCGAUGCGGAAAUCGAUCCCAGGACGCUGGGAUCAUGACCUGAGCCGAAGGCAGACGCUUAACCAUCUGAGCCACCCAGGCGCCCCCGAGUAAGCAAGAUUUAAGUCCUACGACCUUUUUUUAUUUUUUAUUUUUUGAAAAGAGAAGGGGUAAAUAGUUCUGCUCAUAGCAGCCUACUGUAUGGGCUCAGGAAACAAUUAACCCUAUCUCUAACACCACACAGAAAUAGGGUAUGGAAGCCGAUGGACAGGGCUCCAGUCCCUGCUGUGUAUUUUUAUGCUCUAACCAACUCCCAGUGCCCACCGUAACUACUUUUUAAACCUUGGCAGUAAUUUUCAUUCAAAAAAACAGCGGGGGAGGAGGGAUUCCUUUCAUCAGCAGAUUCGCUCUACUGUUUUUUUUCUGUACAAAAAUCAGUGUUAGAAAAUGGGUUCUCUUAACUCCCUUUUUACAGACAAGUUAAAGUCCUAAGCCCUGAGGACCUUCUGAGAAUGGCCAUCAUCUUUACUACCUGACUGCUCUUUGGCUAAGGUGGUGGCAUCUCUCUAGAACACCCUGAUAAAACAGUAGUCACAAGUGAAAAUGUUACUUCUCUUGGCCAGAAGGAAUUCACUUGACAGUUUUUAUUCCAUUAGUCUGACUGCUACAGACAACAAAGCACAUGCACACACACACAUCACCCCAAACCACUAAAACUACUUAAACACUGACUUAAUAAGCAGAGCAGAGAUGGAAUUUCUGUAGCAGAGACAGAGUAAGAACUAAUGUUGGGCCUUUUAAACCUUCAGUCUAUUAGCCAGGCUUUGGGGAAAAAUGAAACGUUAAAAUCAUGCUAGUCUACACCAACCUGUACAGCUAUUUAAAAACCACUGAAUAUGAGGAAUGUAUUAGAAAUAUGUUAAACAAGUGGACUGAUUGUUGACCCACAUUUUCCUAAUAUCAAUCAUCUAAUCACCUCAGUCCAAAAAUCUAAUACACCUGGACCAUUACUACGACCAGAAAAGUCUUAUUUAUUUUUGCCUGCAUUUGCGCUUAAAGUUUUGUGAUGGGCUGGGCUUCUCAAUGACUCCAAGAAGGCAGAAAUACUUGCCUUGGAUUCUGUGGAUUUUUUAAACCUGUGUGCUAAUUCAACGAUGUUACACUUAAUUGUGUGAGGGUUUUUGUAUAGUUUUCAAACAUCUGUGGUGUAAUGAUCUUUGUUAAACAUGUAAAGUGCCAUAGUCUUUUUUUAUGUGUAGCAUAUUUAAAAAAUAUAUAUAUGUAUAUUAUACAUACACAAGUCUGUGUGAAAGAUGUGCAAUAACAAAGGUGUAUGUAAGUUUUGUUUUUUUUGGAAACUGGACAGGAGUCAGAACAGGGAUUGUUUCUGUUUUGGCAAAGGAGAGUUAAACAUGUUCGCCUUCAUGGCCUAGUCAUUAACCCAUAACAAUUUAAAUGCUACACAAACCGAUGUGAAGAAAAGACUGGUAUGAAAUCAUUUAUUCCUGGGUCUACAUUAAUAUAAUCACUAGAUUUACGUGAAAAUUAAGCCAGCACCAGGCCCAGUUAAUGCUAGUCUUUCAUGUGAAAUGUGAAGCUGCCACAUUGCCUUUUCUGUUAGUGUGAAAACUAGUAGCUGGGACAUAAUCACUAAGGAGCUUUUUCUUAACAUGCUUUGAUAGACCACGUUAAUGCUAGACCACUAUUUAAGGGCUGAUCUCACACCUUCUUAGCCAUAAGAGUCUGGCUUAGAACAGACUUCUCUGUGCAAUAACAUGUGGCCACUAGGAAUCCCUGGCCUGCAUUUCUAUUUGGGCAGCGAUAACUCCCAAGGGCCAAAAGAGUUAAAGGCAUGACUGGGAUUUCUUCUGAGACUGUGGUGAAACUCCUUCCAAGGCUGGGGGAGUCAUUAGGUGCUUUGGAGGAACUCAGCAUCACUUGAUAUUCAGUAGCCACUUGAGCCAAAUAGAAAACUGUAUUUACCGCUAAUGGACUCAAUUUGAGCCUUCAAAUUUAUGGUUAUCCUAUUAUAUUGUAAACUAAUACAUUGUUUGUCUAGCAUUGAUUAGGUUCCUGUGCAUAUGUAUUUCACAAUGCCCUCCCCUCCCCAGAUCGGAAUUAAAACAGAUUUUGGAAACU